AUGAUCUCAGCCACAUUUACCCCUAAUUUGGCGCGGAGAGAUACUGCAAAAUCGAUUGGCGGCCAUGACAAUGGCCAAAGCAGCGUCCCCUCGUCUAGUGGAGGAGGACCCUUUGGCCCUCAGAGUGCAGGGGCUAUUUAUCAACAGAUUCACGAGAUGGCAGCCAAACGCAUCUCAACGCUGGACUACCUACGAAAAGCCCUUGAGGGUCGUGUCUACUGGUUUAAUACGGUACACUUUUCCCGCACUGACAUCAGCCGCCUGCCAUAUUUUGAAGCGCGCAAGCUAUCUCGCCGAGCUGUCAACUAUCUCCUGCUAGGCUUGUCGCUUCCCCCGAUCCUUGACGUCAGCUCGACUCCCUUCGAAUAUAUGCGGACCCUUAACGCUCUUUUGCUCGAGUUCGAAGCCUUCCAGCAGGUUCAUCCUCCGGAUGGCAGCUCUUCAUCAAGUCUUGCAAGGGCACGUAUCCCUCAGAUGUUCAAGAGAGCAGCACAUGCAGGUACAAAGACUCGCAGAGCUAGCUCGGCGACGGACAUUGGCCUGCCUAUGCAGUCUAGUGACCCUACAGAUCUCAAGAGCACUUCUGGCAACAUCACCUCUCCAUCAACAGCAGCAGCGGCCUCCAUGAUAUCAUUCCCACUCACCGAGUCCUCGGACCUCCUACCGGGUGAAGAAUAUACCUACCUCCUCACCCCAUCCCUACCUUUCGAGCCAGACUUUUUUGAGACAUUUGCUACUUUGUGUGAGGUCUUGAUUGACUGCUAUAGUCGUAUAACCAAAUUGGUCUCGUCACCCUCCAUAUGUACUGUUUCCCUAGGGGAGGCGUUUUCCAAAGCAGAUGCCAAGUUACGAAAGAUUAUGGUCGCUGGUGCCGUGCGGGAGUUUGAGGAUGCGAGUCGAAAUGCGGUAAAGAACGAGACCUCGGGGGUCAGUCGAGUGGUCCUUGGUGGGCUGCUGGGCUAG